AACCCUAGCCCCCUUCGCCGGCACGCCGCAGCCGCCGGACCGCCCAGAUCCGGCGGACCCCCGCACGCUCAGCCCAGGCCGGCGCCUAGGCCUGCUCGCCCGUGCGGCCACCCGGCGCCCAGGCGCCCGUGCGGCCACCCGCCGGACCUGUCCGAGGGCGUGCGGUCGGCGACUUCCUCAACGGCGUUGUAGUGGGCGGAGGCGGGCGCGGUGUUGGGCGGACGGUGGACGGCGGGGUCUUUGGCGGAGGCCAUCGGCAUAGUCGGGCGGAGGACGGACGGCAGCGGCGGGAGCGGUGUCAGGCGGACGGCGGCGGCGGGCCGUGGGACUGAGACGGAUUGCCCUCGGUGCGGCACAAUGGAGGGAGGCGGACAGGAUACGGCGGCAAUGGCGAUGGAGAUGGAGGUAGAGGCAGAGGCAGAGGCCGUCUUAUGCGCGGUGCCCUCCUCCCUCUCGCUGUCCAAUUCCUCGACUCCAAGUCCUAGUAGCAGUAUCUCUUCGAGGCGUCUGGGCCUCAAGAACAGCAUCCAGACCAACUUCGGCGACGACUACGUCUUCCAGAUAGCUUCUUGGACUUAUGUCUUCUGCAUCUUAUUUCCUAUAUCUGGUAACAAGCCAGGAGAACACUACGCUUGCAGUUUCCUUGUCAACAAAUGCACUAAAAUUUUAUUGUCCAGCAACUGGGCAAUAUUUGGGCGAAUGUACUGGACAUAGCGGAACAAUCCAUGAAAUUUCCUUUUCAGCUCCAUCAUCACCGCAAGUAGUCUGUUCUUGUUCUUCAGAUGGAACUAUAAGAGCAUGGGAUACAAGAAGCUUUAAGCAGAUAUCUGUGCUGAGGGCAUCUCAUGAAUUGUUCAGCUUCUCCUUUGGUGGAUCAAAUGGUAACCUAAUUGCUGCUGGUUCUAAUUGCCAGGUUCUACUAUGGGAUUGGAGAAAUUCUAAACAGCUAGCAUGCUUAGAGGAAUCUCACAUGGAUGAUGUGACUCAAGUAAAAUUUGCACCGCAUCAACAUAACAAACUUAUCUCUGCAGCAGUUGAUGGAUUAAUAUGUGUUUUUGACACUGAUGGUGACAUGAACGAGGACAAUCAUUUGCUAUCUGUAUUGAAUGUGGAGACUUCUGUUGCCAAAGUGGGUUUUUUUGGCAACACAUACCAGAAGCUCUGGUGUUUGACCCACAUUGAAACAUUAAGUACCUGGGACUGGAAUGAUGGGAGUAGGGAGCUGAAUAUAGAAGAAGCUCGUUCCUUGGCAACUGAUAGGUGGAACCUUGAUCAUGUUGAUUAUUUUGUUGACUGUCACUACUCUCUACCUGAUGACAAGUUAUGGGUGAUUGGCGGCACAACUGCGGGGACAAUAGGUUACUUCCCUGUAAGAACUGGUCUUGAAGAGGCUAUAGGUUCUGCGGAAGCUAUCCUUGAAGGAGGCCACACAGAUGUUGUUAGAACUAUUUAUCCAGCCGCAAGUACUCAUCUUGGUCAAAACAGGGGUAUUUUUGGAUGGACAGGUGGUGAAGAUGGCCGUUUAUGUUGCUGGCGCUCUGACGAAAUUGCUGAGAUAAACAAGUCAUGGAUCUCUAGUUCACUAGUCUCACGGGUGCAAAAGAAAACUAGAAAUCGACAUCUACCCUACUAACGGAUGUGAUGAUGUCCAACACAUUGUUAGUUAACAAAAUAUAGGUUAUAUUAUGUCAAGAAGAGUGAUAA